CUUGAAGAGAUUUAGUUGUCUAAAACUGUUCGUUGAGUUAGUACGGCGCGUUACAAAGAUAAAUCUGUGAAAUAAAUCUGUUGCUUUAUUGAAAACAUAAACGUUUACAAAUUUGGCGGGUUAAGAAUAGGUGUGAUUGAGACCCUCGUGUCUUAAGGCAAACAGUUUUUAUUUUAUGCAUAUAAAUAGAUUGGUACGCCUCCAAAAUGGUCUUUAAUAUGUUUACUGAAUUGUCUACAUUCGGGAUAAAUUUAGUUUUGUUAUUUUGUCAUCUGUGAACCGAGUCAAUUGCGCGAUUUAAUAUUUCUUGACAAAAGAUGAACUUUUUCACAAAUAUUGUUAAGAAGUACGUAAAGAAUGAGCCUUCUGAUAUUAAUAUGAAUGGCACGAUGGAUACCAAUUCCGAAGGGGUUGCUGCACUCUCUGGGAAAUUACCAGAUUUGGAUUUGGAAAUACAACAGAAAAUUCAUGCCCCUAAAACAUAUCUUGAUACAGCCGGAAAUAUUAUAUAUGAUUCACCAGGGGACACAUUUUACAAUACAGUGGAUAUCAAAACUGAUGAUGUAAAAAAAUCUAUAAAUUCCAAAUCCCUAGACUUAAUUAACUUUGAUCAAUCUUCCAUCAGAUUCAGUGUGGGUGGUUCAGAUUCCGAAUCUUACUGUAAUAGUCCCCUACUAAAUGAAACUUUCAAUCAAAUCACUGGUGUGGUGCUACCAGUAAAUAAACAUUUAAAAGUAAAAACAGCUGAUUUACUCUCUGUUUCUGGAAUCGGUGGAAGAUAUUCCACUUCAUCUGAGACUCAAUCCAUAAACAAUGAUUCUCUAAAUGAUUCUAAAGUAAAUUUUGAAGAUGCCAAUGAUUACUAUACUACAGAAGAAAUUGUAAUUGAUGAACGGAGCAGUAGUUGUUCUCCUAUCCUACAACUAGAUCAUAUUGAAGAUGCUAAUAUUCCACAACCUGAAAAUACAAAUGAUAUAAUUUUUGAAAACCAUCCUUUAAAUACGACUGAUUUGAUUGAGAAUAUACAAGAAAAAGUAAUUGCUGAAAAACAUAAUUUAAAUAAAACUCAUUGUACUGGAAGUGUAAAUGAAACAAUAAUUUUUGAAGACUGCAAUUUAAAUAUAAGUGAUUUAAGUGCAAAGGUACACAAUGAUAUAACUGUUGGAAAUCAUAAUUUAAAUACAACAUUUAACAAUACUAGGGAAUACAGCUUAAUAGAUAAUGAUAUUGAGAUAAAAGGUGAAUCAGAAAAAACUGAAGCUAAUCACAUUGAUGGAGGUCACAUUGAUGCUGUCACAUCAAUUGAAGUUUGUGAUGUUGAAGAAGUUGAUUUAACUAGAGAGUGUAUUGAAUUUGAACAGUUAUCUCCUGCUUCUCCCAGGUCUCCAAUUACAGAAGAUCCUGGUAAAGAAGAAUCUCUAAGUGAUAACGUCAAUAUCCAAGAAAAUACUCAAGAUUUAGUAUGUACUUUGAGUCCAAAAGACUAUGUAAAAGAAGAACCUGCAAGUGAUAACUUUAAUAUCCAAGAAAAUACUGAAGAUUUAGUAAGUACUUUGAGUCCAAAAGAUAUAAAAGAAGAAUCUACAAGUGAUAACUUUAAUAUCCAAGCAAAUACUGAAGAUAUAGGAAGUAUUUUGUGUCCAAAAGAUUCUUUAAAAGAAACAUCUGUAAGUGAUAACUUUAAUAUCCAAGAAAAUACUGAAAUUUUAGGAAGUAUUUUGUGUCCAAAAGAUUCUGUAAAAGAACCAUCUGUAAAUGAAAACUUGAAUAUCCAAGAAAAUACUUUAUGUCCAAAAGAUUCUGUUAAUGAAAACUUAAAUAUCCAAGAAAAUAGUGAAGAUUUAGCAAGUACGUUGUGUCCAAAAGAUUCUAUAAAAGAAAAAUCUGUGAGUGAAAACUUGAAUAUCCAAGAACAUACUUUAUGUCCAAAAGAUUCUGUUAAUGAAAACUUAAAUACCCAAGAAAAUACUGAAGAUUUAACAAGUACGUUGUGUCCAAAAGAUUCCAUAAAAGAAAAAUCUGUGAGUAAAAACUUGAAUAUCCAAGAAAAUACUUUAUGUCCAAAAGAUUCUCUAGGUGAAAACUUAAAUAUCCAAGAAAAUACUGAAAAUUUAGCAAGUACUUUGUAUACAAAGGACCCUAAUUGCAAUUUCAAGAUGACUGAUUUAUCAGAAACAUUAAAUCAGCAACAGGCUGAAAUUUCAGAUUUAAAAUUAAAACUUAAUGCAUCUCAACAACAUAAUGCUUCUUUAGAAUUGCAAAUACGCCAAAAUGAAGAAAUUGUUAUAAAAACGCAAGCUGAAGCAUUGAGAACAGAACAAAAUUACCAACAAGAAGUUAAACAACUUAAAGAAAAGCUAAAUGAAAAUUCUAAAACAAUAGAAAAGGACAGAAUUAGAGAAUUAGAAGAUCAACUUAAAGACUGCAGGGCCAGGGAGGCCAAACUUUUAGCAGAAAUAUCCCAGAGAACAAAAGAUGAUGUCAACUUACAAAGAAUUAUGGAACAAUAUGAAGUAAACUUAAAAUCGCGAAUCGUUGAAUGCAAGAAAUUUGAAGAAGAAAAUAGAACAAUUAAGACGCAUUUGACAAAUUUGGAGCUGGCCUUCUCCGAUGUGCACUCAAAAUAUGAAAAAACUAAAGCAGCUUUACAAGGAGUCAAAGCCAAUGAAGAAGCGCUCUUAUCAGAUUUAGAUGUUGCACAAGCAACCAAUGUACAGCAUGAAGAAAGAUAUGAAUCAUUAAAAGCACAUGCAAGAACUCAAAUAGAAAAGUCAAAUAAAGAAAUCCACUCUAUGAAAGAACUUCACGAAAUGGAAAUGAGCAAAUUGAAAGCAUACGCUAGAAGAUUGGAAAUAAAAUUAAGUUCAUUGGAAGUAUCUCUUCAACAGAAAACAGAAGAAUGUGAGCAGCUAUCAGCAUUGUGCGACGAAGUAACGGGCAAACAAGUGUAACAUAGACUGCAUAUAUAGAAUAUAUUUAUGGAACUCAGCAUAAUAUUGGGUUAGCCAACCGUCAACAAUUAAUUAAUCUAGUUCCGAUUUUAAUGUUGAAAUUAAGGGCCAUUACAUUACUAACACAAUUAACGUAGGUCCUAGCUUGUGAUUGCUUGAGAACUGAUAGAAGAUAUUUUAGUAGUUCGUUUAGCUCUCUCAUCUUUGAUCUUUUAAAGGCUUCCAAAAUAAUUUUCAACGACAGAUACAUAAUUUUAAGCAUAUUUAUUUUACUUAGUAUUACUAAAAAAAUAACUGCUGAUUUAUUGUUGAUUAUAUUUUAUACAGUGUUUGCCAACAGUUUUUAGUUAGGUAUAGUUUUAAUUUAUUUUUUAUAAAUCGAAAAGUCAGAUAUAAUGACUAAAACAUCAAUUUUAAGCUUUUUUUAUAAAUGGAUGAUAUUUUUUAAACCCUUUCUAUUCUUAGUCUCAUUUCUACUUACAAAAUUUAGAGGAUCCUUGUCAAAUUUGGUAUAAAUUUAGUCAAAAGUACAAUAAAUUGGAGCUUACAUAAAUAAUACAUAAAAAAAUAAAUGUAAUUUUUUUAACUCUCACUACUGGGUGAUAAUAUAAGCAUAACAAAAUAUACAUCACCUUAAGAAGUAUUAUUCUUAAAUCAAAUAAUUGAUAUUAACACCAGCCUAAAGUCUGUCUCAUAUUAUGUAUGAAACAUUCAUAUUUUUUAUUUGCUUAUAAUAUUUUACGAUCAAUUCGGGUUUUACUCUCUAAGAUUUAAUUGUUUUCAAUAAAUGUUUUAAAUAUUUAUAAUAUUUUUUAUUGGAUUAACUGGUAACGGCGAACCCUUUGUAAAAUAUAUUUUGGCUAAAACCCAAUAGGCCCAUUCACUUUCUUUUUUUAGCUUGUAUUAAUCAUAUAUUUUCAAAGCUAUUAAACUCCUAAGAUAUUUUAGAGGAUUCCAAUCUCAUUCUUCCAGUGAAUUAUUGUGAUCAAUUAAAAGUUAAAUAGAGCUCGUUUGUCGGAUGUAUCAUAAUAUACUUUUCUACUUGUAGAUAUGUAAUUGGAUGGUAAAUUCUAUUUUUGAACGACAUACAAUGUUGCCAUAUUUGCCAGAGAAAAUAUUUGGCAAACAAAGUUACGCUUGUAAUAUUCUGCUUGAGUAAUAAUUAUAUCUAUAAAAGUUAAACAGGCAAUGCUACUUUGAAUAUGAAAACACUUUUAUACAAUUUUACAAAAAUUUAGUUUUACCAUCUAACGUCCAUAUUCAAGCAUUUUUAAAUAGUUAUCUACAUCUAAAACUUUAAAAGUAUAAACGUCGAGUCAGAGAAAAAGUAGAGUUGAAUGAAGAUGUAAUUUUUCAAAUAAAUGAGCUUAUAUUUCCUCAAAUUAUUAACAAAUUAAAUAUUGGUUAAUAUUUUUAUGGAAAACAUUCAUGAAAUUAGGUGAUUAUCAUUCGAGUUACUUUUAUUGAUCGAUACUGAUUAGAUGGUAAAUGCAAAAAUAUAAUAUUAUAAAUAAUCAUUGACAGCCUCGGCGAGGGUAAAGGUAAUUUGCGGUUUUCUGGCACAGUUAUUCACUGAAAUAAUUUAAUGGACAAUAUCUUUAAAGUGUUCUAUCGAUACAAAGUAAUUCAUAGGUACAUUUUCUACGUUACUUUCUUAAAUGACAAUGGUCUAAAACGAUUUUAGUAUCUGUCAGUCGAUAGAGUGCACUUAACGGGCUAAGCACUACAAAACGGAAAUCUUUAUAAAUAUAUGAUUAAUACAAUUUAAAAAAUGAAAGGUAAUGGGUCCCGUUGCAGAAGCAAUUCUGUUUUUUAUAUUGUUACUUAAAUUCUCAGUUAAAACUUUAUUUAUUUAAACUAUCCUCUAUUGAAUGUUCAUUCUUUGUGUAUUUCUAAAUUAUAGUGAUAUUAGAAUAUUUAUUUAUAUUUUUGGUAAGCAGCCAUACUUUAAGAUUUGUUAAUAUUUAGAAUAUAUUAUGUAGAUUAAAGAAACUUCGAAUAGUGUUGGCAGUAUUUAAAAAUUCCGAACUGUUUUGUUGUAAACCGAAAAGAAAAUGUUUAUCCAACAUUAGGCUAAUAAAAUGUAUUUUAUUUUUUAAUAUUUACUACACGUAGGAGGAUGUCUAUAUGUGCUCCGAAAUUUGCUUAAAACUUUUUAUAUAAAGUGAAGAAGCUUAUUUAUUUUUAAUGCUGGCAUCAGAAUAAGAAAAGCUGUUAAUUUCGUUAUGUCCGUUUAAUUUAUUUAAUUAAAAAAAAAACUAACAUGACUUUAAUGAUUUAAUAUUAACGUUUAAAUUUUAAUAUAGAAUACCUGUGUGUCUUACUUCUAUCUGCAAUUUGAGAAUUUGACGUUUCGGGUGUAAUGUAGUUUUUUUAAGCACCCUGUAUAUUAUAUUUCCGCGUUUUAUUUUCUGUUAAUGACAUUCAAAAACGGAUUGUACAGGGUAACGCUAUAGUGAUGGAGAUGAGAAGGCAAAAGGCUUUGAAUGUCGAAAUGUUAAAAUUCUAAUUCUGAUUUCAGUUACAAGAAUGUGAUCAUACUGUACAUAAUUAUGCACUAAAAUAUUUUAAUUAAAUUCCAUAACUAUCUUA